AUGAUCGCCCCCCCCGGCUGGGCAUCGGGUGGCUCCGGCCUCAAGCCCGGCAUCGACUUCUCCAGCGGUUCGGCUCUGACCGUCGCUUUUGAAGACCCGGUGCGCCCUGAUGCCGUCCGGGCCCUGUUGCCCACUAUUGGACAUCCUCAGGCCAAGGUUCAGGCAGUGGGCGACCGCUCCGUUCUGAUCCGUACCCGGGUGCUCGAAGAGGCAUCCGGAAAUAUCCUGUCCGAGCGCCAGCGCAUCGAGGACGCCCUGUCCGAGCAGAUUGGGCCCAUCGAUGCCUCCGGCGUCGACACCGUGUCGCCAAUUAUCGCUCAGGAGACCGUGCGCAACACCUUCCUGGCCCUGUUGGUCGCUUCGGUCUUCAUCCUUGCCUAUAUCUGGUACGCCUUCCGAAGGGUCCCACGCGCCUAUCGCUACGGCGUGGCCGCGGUCGUGACCCUGCUGCACGACACCGUGAUCGUGCUCGGUGUGUUCUCCAUCCUCGGCCGCUUCCUGGGCAUGGAGGUCAACUCCAUGUUCAUCGUCGGUAUCCUCACCGUCGCCGGAUACUCGGUCAACGACACCAUUGUCGUAUUCGACCGCAUCCGCGAAAACUCCAUCCGGGUACCCGACCGUAGGCUCGAGGAUACCGUCAACCUCAGCAUCAUUGAGAGCGUAGGCCGGUCGGUGAACACCAGCUUCACCACGCUUUUGGUGCUGCUCGCCAUGUUGCUCAUCGGCGGCGAGUCCAUCCGGGAACUGCUCCUGGUGGUUGCCAUGGGCGUCGUGGUCGGAACCUACAGUUCGAUUUUCAUCGCGGCCCAGUUCCUGGCGACCGCCUGA